GCUCAGAUCUUUUGUCCCGAUCUCAUCAUGUGCUUUGCUCCGAUCGGGAGGAGGAGGAGGAGGAAGAGAUUUCAUUUAGUCCUCGCGUUCAGCAACUCGCAGGCGUUUCCUCAUCGGCCUCACCGCUCACUGUGAGUCGAAACGCUGUGUACACAAGCCACCGUUUCCUACGUCCGUCAUGCUUCCCGAGCUACCGGUUGAAUUGCACGAACAGAUACUCGAACACCUCCAGGACGAGCGAAGCCUACGGAUGUGUUGCUUGACUUGCCGUGGAUGGGCUUUCUUCGCACAACCCACCUUUUCCGCAAGCAUCGACCGCCGGAAUCGCAUUCAUGUUCGUGAGCUCAGCUUGGUGGGCCUUGGCUUCGCUGCCAACGGCAUACCUACUCCCAGAUUGCAACGUAUCAUCCGCCUCCUCGUGAACAUCGAAACACUAUCUAUCGACGACGACUGGUACUCUCGCCCGACGUUCAUCGUGGAUUAUUCACGUAUCGCGACGCAUUCCCUCAGCGACGCGGUUGCUGUGCUAUUUCCAGCGCCGACUCUUAAAACCCUACGACUAUCGAAGGUUUCUUCAAGUCGGCCAAUGAUCUACUUCAUCUGCUCGCCGCCUUUCCUUCCUGUCCAGUGUCCGACUGGCGAAC